AUGCCGUCUGCCUUCGAGGGCGUGGCUCGCAGCGUGGUCCAGGAGCUGGACCGCCACGGGAACCUCAUUCCCAUGGACAGCCUGCGGAGCUCCAUUGGCUACUUGCCCUAUUGCCUGCUGAGCAGGAAACCCUCGACAUCGUGGUUCUGGAAACCCCGCUACACGUGUGUCAACCUCUCUAUCCGGGACAUACUGGUGCCCGAUUGUCCGGAACCAGACCUGCUGCGCAGUACCUCCUUCCACUUACAUGACUCCGUGGACGGCCAGCUACAGGGCAGCGUGGAGCUGGGGGGCCCUGGACAGGGCAGGAUCACAGGCGGGGCCUCCGUGUCUGGCAGCUCCAGCGCUUCGAUGGAAGUGUGUGCGCUGCGCGUGGACCCCAGAAUCUGGGAGGACUUGCAAGGGGCAAGACGCCUGCGGCAACCGGAACACAAGAUCCUGAAACAGCUACGCAGCCGAGGGGAUAACGUGUACGUGGUGACUGAGGUGCUGCAGACACAAAAGGAUGUGGAGAUCACCCGCACCCACAAGCAAGAAGGUUCAAGCCAGUUCUCACUGCCCGGCGCCAUGUGCUUGCAGGGCGAGGGCCAGGGCCACCUGAACCGGAAGAAGACAGUUACUAUCCCGUCUGGCAGCAUCCUCGCCUUCCAGGUGGCCCAACUGGUUAUCACAGACCAAGACUGGGACAUCCACAUCUUUGUGGACAAGAAACAGAAAACCUUUCAGCAGAAACCAUUAGGCUCAGGCCCACACUUCCUGACCUGGCUUCUCCAGGGCUCUGGGGACAACCUGGCAAUGCCAGCCUGUGUUCCCACAGAUGGAUUGGAGGAGUGGGAGAUGAUCACCAAGGACUUCAAGGGUCUGCAGAGAGAGGUGAAGGUCCAGACUGGGGACCUGGAGCACCUGAGCAGUGAGCUUCGGCAGGAGCUGCUGGGAGCCCUGAUAAAGCUGCUCCUGGAUACAUCAGCACUGCAGGCCCUGGAGGAAGCCCUGGAGCAGGGUCUGGACGACGAACAGAUGGAGCCUAGGGGUGGCCCAGAGGGCGCUAUCCUCGAAUGCCUGAUGCUGCCCUCCGGAGAACUGGUGAAGGAGCUGACGGCCCCCAUCUUCUACCUGCUGGAGGCCCUGAUUGCUCUGAGUGAGGAUCAGCGCCUGCUGGUGACCCAGGCAUUGGAGAUGGGCAUGGUGUCGGGGCAGCUCAAGCUGGUGGGGAACAUCUUGGAACAGACCUCCCCGUGGCAGGUAGCCAGGGCUGUGUCCCUGCCCCUGGGGCUCCUGGAGAACAGUUGGGGUGAGGAGGCCCCUGCCUGGGUCCUGCUGGAGGAGUGUGGCCUAGACCUGCAACUGGACACUCCUCAGUUGUUGUGGGAGCCCCAGGCCCAAGGCCGCACGUGCGCACUCUACGCUGCCUUGUCACUGCUACAACGGUUGGGCCAGGAGUCCCAAUAG